UCCAUGGCGCAUAACGAGAAUACUCCAUUCCAGUUGACUGAGGGCCCUUCUCAUUCAAGGCGUCGUCUGUAUUCUGAUUCUGCAAGAAACCCAUCAAUGAGGGGCAUUCAAUUUAAUCCCUUAAUGGUAAACCCGAGUUCGAGCCGUUCAGCUCUUGUUCCUCCGGUUCCGUUGUCUCAAGGGGAGCGGCAUCAACCUAUCCUUCCUACCGGUGUUACUUCCCAGCAUUCAUUAAGUCAUUUAGAGCCUUGGCGUGCUUCGUCUAGCAAUCCUUCAUCUAAGCGGGAUUUUUCUUCCGCGUUUGAUGGCCUUGAUUUUAGUUCUAUCUUUAGACAAUCGGUGGCAAAGGCCGUAGAUGCACAAACUGGAUGGUUCCCCGAUAUCCAAUCACCAGAAGACUUCGAGUAUCAGUGCGGAGUGUUUUCUCUUGGUGCCAAGUGGGCUUAUGAUGCAGUGGUUGAUAACAAUAUUCGUGCUACGGAAGCAGAGGAUCAGGUAUCUGUUCUGCGCUCCCAGUUAGCUGCAAUCUUAGCAUCUUUAGGGGAGGACCGCAGGAAAGCAGAGCAGCAAGGCUCCCAGUUGGGUACAAUCUUAGCAUCUUUAGAGGACGACCGCAGAAAAGCAGACCAACAAAGUCGUGCUUUCUUCUCCCGAAUAGGCUCAAUCCAAGUGUUUUUAGAGAAAGAAAUGCGAUUGAGGGAGCAAGCUUAUCAGGGGCAACAAGCUGUUUCGGAGAGGGUCAAAGAAUUAGAGGGGAAAAUGGCUGCUGUUAUGCAAGGGCUGGAGCAAAAGCGAGCUGGCAUGGACCAUAUGGUGAAUGUUAAUACGAGCUUGCAACCCGAUAUUGCGGGAGGUUUUGAACAUCCGCUUGGGGAAUAAAGUACAAGUAUGGAAGCUUCAA